GAGAGAGUAGUGUCAACAACUGUUGUCUCCGAGUGUUUGUUUUGAGGGGGAGAGCGUAGAGUUUGUUGGAGUAAAAUAGUGAAAGUAGGUGUUGAUAGAGAGGCAUUUGAUUGUCUUUCAUAUUCAUCUUCAUUUCCUUGGUGUUGUCAUUGUCUUCUUCUCCUUCUUCAGAGAGAGACGUUUCGAGAGAGAGCGACAGAGAGAGGAGGAGGAAAGGUAAUUCAAAUUCAGUGAGUCCCAGAUGCUCUUUGAAUGGGCAAGGGCGAACAAGAAGACCACAAUCUGCCACAGCAGAGACAUGAUCAUCGCCACGGAGCCUCUUCUUUGGGGCUCUUCUGUGAGAGAUGUUCGAGUAUUUCCAGAUACAUCACUUUCAGAUGCUUCUUUGUAUUACUCCUUAGCUUGGCGCUUUUGGUUUCUGGGAUCUUCUGGAUCCUUCCUUCCUACACAAAGAUCUCUGGGUUUGAUGCCAAGGACGAAAUUAAGCUUAGCGCCACAGUUCAGGCGUGCUUCAGAUUGCAGAAGCCAGUUUCGCAGCUAGUUCCAUAUAUUGAAAGACUUGAAUAUGAUAUAUAUGGGGAAAUAAGCACUCCAGAUAUGAAGGUGGUAAUUCUAUCAAUGCAUCAAUCAGACACAUCAAACUGGACCGAUGUGGUGUUUGGUGUUCUUUCUGAUCCUAUAAAUGAUCCAAUAAAUUCAGUGUUUCUGAGUGUGUUGAGGUCUUCUUUAAUUGAGCUGUUCCUUCAGCAAUCCAAUCUGACUUUGACAACAUCAAUUUUUGGGGAGCCCUUUAUGUUUGAUAUAUUGAAGUUUCCUGGAGGAAUUACCAUUAUUCCUCCACAAUCUAAUUUCAUGCAGAGUGCCCUGACACUAUUUAACUUUACUCUUAAUAACUCCAUAUCUGAAAUGAAGGAAAAUCUGAACAAGUUAAAGGAUCAGUUGAAUCGUGGAUUGCUUCUGAGACCACAUGAGAAUCUAUUUGUGCAAUUAACAAACGAGGUUGGCUCCACUAUAUCAUCCCCAGUCACAGUUCAGGCUUUUGUCAUGUCAGAUAAUGGAAUCUUUUUCCCACAGAGACUGAAGCAGUUGGCCCAAACAAUCAGAGACUCUCCUGCUGAUAAUCUAGGCCUGGAUAACUCUGUCUUUGGUAAUGUAAAUAGUGUAAUAUUAUCCUCUUUUUUGAAGGGGAUAACUCAAGUACCCACUCCAGCAUCUUCCCCAGCACCAACUCCAGAACUAAGCCACACUGGUGAACCAUCAACCCUUCCAAACCCUGUUCCUUCUCCAUCUUAUUCUCCAGUGUCCCCACCUGACAGUCAUCGUCCGCCACCUUGUUCUAACUUAAGAUAUUCUUCAACUUCUUAUUUUACCUACCCAUGUUUACCAUGCCCUAGCCAUUCUUUGCCUCCUUUAAGCUCCCCUGCACCUUCACUGGGUCCCUCCUCACAGUUGUCACCGGAUCCAUCUCUGUCUCUAGCAUAUCAAUAUCUUGCCUCCCCAUCAUCUUCAGCAGUAGUCCCAACUUAUCAGGAGAUCUGGUCACUUGGAAUUUACGGUUUCCUGAUCUUUCAUCUCAUUUGUCGGCUGCAAUGAUUAGCCAUUUUACAUAUCAUACUUCCCAAAAGGAUAAAGGCUCGGAUGAUGAUGACUUCCCAAAAGGAUUCGAGGCAAGCAAACCCACACAACUUAAUUAUGUUGGAUACCCAAUUUUGUAACAGUGAGGAUGGAUGCAUCUCCCAUGAGAAGUGAGUUCUAAUUUUCUGCAAUCAACAACGUGUAAAUGAAACUAAAGAUGAAUUGCAGGUCGAAGCCAGAAAGCUGGUAGGCCUUUAUUAUCUUCAACUUGUGACAUCGGUGGAUCGUGGGUUGUUAUUCCCGAAGGGAACAACUCCGUACGGUGACUUAAGUCGAGUAGCCGCCGUAUCUUGUAUCUUGCCAAUUGUAAGGUAUCUCGGCUCUGCAAGACAGGGCAAAACAGAUUGUUGCAUAUUAUAGUGAUAUCGAUACAGGAAUAGGAUAUAUAUCUUUUAU